AUGGCGCAGCGCACCAGCCGGCCGCUGCCCCCGAUCGAACACGGCGGGUUCACCGAGGCCGCGGCCCCGCAGCCGCUGAGCAUGCAGCCGUACGCGGCACAUCAGGCGGCGGGCGUGUCGGAACCCUACCUCGACGCACCUGCGUUGAACCCCCGCUCGUCGAACCUCUCGGACGAGUACGAAGACAAGGCGGUCGAAGUAUCGCACCCGGCGCACUACCAGGGCGACCCGGAGGAUACGUACUACCCAGCACAGAUGUACAGUUCGCCGAACGAGCGUGCGUUUGCGCACCAGCACGCGCCGCGCGGCAUUUGGUCGUACGACGAUCGCCGCUCGUUCCAGAAGCUGUCGAUCCUUUCGAAAGUCUUUCGGAUCCUCGCCUUUAUCCUGGUGAUUGGUAUCAUCUUUACGCUGUGCAUCAUUAUGCUUAUUGUCAUCUUUCUGCGCCCACCGAACAUUGGCUUGAACGGCAUCGACUUGCCACAGAGCAUCCAGGACGUCCAGAUCCAGGACGAAAAGUUUUCGAUAAAUGCGACACUGAACGCCAUCGUUGCGAAUCCAAACUAUAUCUCGGCGCACAUCACUUCGCUCAAUGCCACAGCCUGGGACAACAAUGCAAAGUCGACGCCGAUUGGGUACUGCGACUUGGACGACCAGACGAUCGCGGCACGCAACAAGACCACCGUCAACGUCCCGUGCCAACUUAGCUACAACGUCCAGGACGACCCGUCGCACGACGUGCUCAAGGAUCUCGUCAAUCGCUGCGGGAUUGUGCAGGGCAGCAAGAAGUCCAACCUCCAGAUCCUCUUGGACUUGCACAUUAGCAUCAAGAUCCUCGCCUUCCAUAUCCCCAUUUCGGCACAGCCGACUAUCACAAUGAGCUGCCCGAUUACCAAGGAUAUGGUCAAGCAGGCACUUGGCGACCACAGUGAUAUUCUCAAGGAGCUUGGCCUCGGCAACCUAGCACGAUCCAUCGCGGUCCGCACCGUGAGCCCAGAAGCACUGCGCAAUCUGGCAUGGCGCACAAUCCGCUCGGUGCAGGACCGCCUGGCCGCGCCACAAGCCGUGCUCCACGACGCGCUUUAA